AUGGCCCUUUUUCCUCCGAAAACAGUGUGCGUUUCUGAUGCCAUCACGGAGGUUACUCGAUGUUGGCAUGACUUAGAUAACACGGAAUAUGACUGUUGGCCCAUGGAACACCCAGAUGAGCACAACAUGAUCGACUGUGCUGGAUUGGACAUGAGCUGGGUCGUCAGACCUCCUGCGAAAGUGCGGAGUGGGGAGGAAUUCAAUGUCACCUAUGCCCUCACUGCUUCCGACGACUUCUAUCAGACAGCUGUCACAAAUGGAAUUCUGAAAUACAGCAAUGCAAGUGAAGCCAAAAGAUUUUGUGAAGAGAAGGAAUGUCCAAUCAACUGGAAAGAUGCAACUGAGAGCAACUGCUGUGUUUACCAUGCCAACAUCCACUCCUGUCCUUUGGCAUUCAUGUUAAAGGUAUUUCAGGAGUGUUUAUUCUUCAAAUGCAUUUCUGUCCAUUCCAGGGAACUUGAUCAUCCAAAUUUGUGCAAAUUUAUUGGUGGAUCUGUCGAGAUCCCCAGUGUUACCAUAAUUACUGAAUACUGUCCAAAAGGGAGCCUGGUGGAUGUUCUGUUCAACGAUGACAUUCCCUUGAACUGGGGAUUCAGACUGUCAUUUGCCACUGACCUGGCUCGGGGAAUGGCUUACCUUCAUCAGCACAGAAUUUACCACGGGAGGUUACACUCAAUGAACUGCAUCAUCGAUGAUAGAUGGGUUUGCAAAAUCUCAGAUUACGGCUUAGCAGCCUACCGAAAGGAUGAUUUUGAAGAAUUUUCUCUCACACUCAAUGCAAGGGCAAGACGCAUUUACAGUGGUCCGGAAGUAUUUACAGGCUUGGUUUCCAAUGUUACCCCAACUGCAGAUGUUUACAGCUAUUCCAUUAUACUGCUUGAAAUUGCAACACGCUGUGAGCCAGUCUCAGGGGAUAUUGACCUCGAUAAGGUUGCUCCAACUUGGCGUCCCUAUCUUCCCGAGAUUAAUGACGGAAAGUCCAAUAGUGAUUGCCCAAACCAGGGGGAUUACACUGAGCUAAUUAAAAGGUGUUGGGCACACAAUCCUCUUAUGAGACCCACGUUUGAACAAAUUAAGAAGAUGCUUGAGAAAAUGAACCCCAACAAAGUAAGCCCAGUUGACAAGAUGAUGAACUUGAUGGAAAAGUACAGCAAGCACCUGGAAUCUAUUGUGGCAGAAAGGACUCAAGACCUACUUCAGGAGAAACAAAAGACAGAUUCCCUGCUUUACAGCAUGUUACCAAAGCAAGUCGCUGAUGAUCUUCGUCAAGGGAUUACCUCACAAGCUCAAAGUUAUUCAAAUGCUACUGUGUUUUUCAGUGAUAUUGUUGGAUUCACUCAGCUCUCCAGUGCCAGCACUCCUUACCAGGUGGUGGAUUUCCUCAACAGACUCUACACCUGCUUCGAUGCUAUCAUUGAUAACUAUGACGUCUACAAAGUUGAGACAAUUGGAGAUGCAUAUAUGGUGGUAUCAGGAGUGCCGAAAGAGAAUGGCAUCAAGCAUGCGGCUGAGAUUGCAAGCAUGGCAUUGGAUUUAGUUGCAGUCUGCUCUUCAUUCAUCAUCCCACACAAACCAGAUGUUAAGUUGAAAAUCAGGGCGGGCAUACACUCAGGUCCACUGGUGGCUGGUGUGGUUGGAACCAAAAUGCCUCGUUACUGUUUAUUCGGAGAUACUGUUAACACUGCAUCAAGGAUGGAGUCAACAAGUGAGGGGACACAGACAGAUGUUUCUGCGGCCGAACAGCGAGACUGGAGGAUGGUGUGUUGCCUCCCUGGUGCCAGGGUCAAGGACGUCUCUGAGCAGUUACAGCAAAUUCUCAAAGGGGAAAAAGAGGAUAGAGCAGAUGAAUGCGUGGCUGAGGAGCUUGUGCAAGGGACAGGGAUUCAGAUUUUUGGAUCAUUGGGAUUUCCUCCGGGGCAGAAGAGACCUGUACAAGAGGUUGCAACUGAACUGGAGGGGAAUCAAUAUCCAGGCGGGGAGAUUUGCUAG